GCGAUGGCACGUACGAAGCAAACAGCACGCAAGUCCACCGGCGGCAAAGCCCCAAGGAAACAGCUGGCAACCAAGGCGGCGCGUAAAUCAGCUCCGGCCACCGGUGGAGUGAAGAAGCCGCACAGGUUCAGGCCAGGAACGGUCGCUCUGAGAGAGAUAAGGAAGUAUCAGAAGAGCACGGAGCUCCUGAUUCGAAAGCUUCCCUUCCAGCGUCUGGUUCGGGAAAUCGCCCAGGAUUUCAAGACCGACCUUAGGUUUCAGAGCAGCGCCGUGUCGGCGCUACAGGAAGCCGCGGAGGCUUACUUGGUAGGGUUGUUCGAGGAUACCAACUUGUGUGCAAUUCAUGCGAAGAGGGUCACUAUCAUGCCUAAGGAUAUUCAACUCGCUCGUCGCAUUAGAGGCGAGAGGGCUUAG